GAAGCAGACAAUGAGGGAAAUACUCCUUUGCAUCUGGCUGCCUCUAAAUCGAAUUCUAUCCUUAUGAAAGCCUUGGCAAGUGACCCCAAACUUGACAAGACUGCAACCAAUGGUCAUCACUCGAAAGCCAUUGAUAUAUACCUGGGUAACAAUAUUGAACUGAACACCAUUGGUAAACAAAGGGUCUUGUGCAUUUUGGGGAGGUCCAUCGGUGUGCCAAUUUUCCAGCGAUAUGUGCGCCGUGACUUCGAAUCAUCGGACGAGAAGAAUGACUUCAUGAAAUUGGAAUUAUUGGAGGAGAAGAAUGGCUUCAUGAAAUUAGAAUCAUCGGAGGAGAACAAGGCUAUAUCCACCAGAGCGACCAUUGCAGAAUCAUCGGAGGAGAACAAGACUAUAUCCACCACAGCGACCAUUGCAAAUGAAAAAUCAGUCAAAGUUUUGCUGGAUGACUCGAAAAGAUUUGACACAAGUCUACUAGUUGCGGUGCUUAUUGCUACUGUCACUUUUUCAGCCCCUUUCACCAUGCCUGGGGGAUUUGAUAAGGACGGCAUGGCAGUUUUACACCGAAGGAUAUUUUUCACAGGGUUCGUGUUAUUUGACACCAUCUCCUUCUUCUUGUCCCUCCUUGUGGUGUAUAAUCAUUUUAUGGUGUCGAAUAAGUCGCGAAUCAUUAGAGACACACCUUCAGUUUUCAUUCGCUAUUCCGUUGUAACAAUGGUGUUAGCAUUUGCUUCGGGUGUGUUUGUAGUGCUACCAGAGCAUAGUCUACUCGGCAUUUUGGUUAUUCUAAUAUGCUGCGUUUUAUGCUUCAUGCUCAUCGCACAGAUCAGGUUUGCCGCUCUGCCAACCAGGCGCGAAAAGAGGACACGCAAUUGGCUCCGUAAGCGCAUAAUUUGA